AUGUCUAGAGUAGCAGAUUUUAUAUCAAAAAUUGCCAUCCCAGCUGGAAUUGCCCUCAGUGCCGCCCAGUAUUCACUGUACGACGUCAAAGGAGGAACCAGAGCGGUGAUUUUUGAUCGUUAUUCAGGUGUUAGACAGGAUGUCAUUGGAGAAGGAACCCACUUCCUCAUUCCCUGGUUACAGAAGGCAGUUAUUUUUGAUGUUCGUACAAAACCAAGGAACAUUGCUACCACCACAGGAUCCAAGGAUUUGCAAACAGUGUCUUUAACGUUAAGAGUUUUGCACCGACCAGAUGUUCAGAGAUUACCCUCUAUAUACCAAUCUCUGGGUCUGGAUUAUGAUGAAACUCAAUUCGAUGCUGCUGAACUGAUUACCCAACGAGAAAUUGUUUCCGCUAGAAUUCGACAAGAAUUGGCAGCAAGAGCCAACGAGUUCCACAUUAGGCUGGAGGACGUUUCCAUUACACACAUGACAUUUGGACGUGAGUUCACCAAAGCUGUCGAACAGAAACAGAUUGCACAGCAAGAUGCUGAAAGAGCCAAGUAUCUCGUUGAGAAGGCUGAACAGGAAAGACAGGCUUCCGUUAUUAGAGCUGAGGGAGAAGCUGAAGCUGCCGAGCAUAUCUCCAAGGCUUUAGAAAAGGCAGGAGAUGGUCUGUUGUUGAUUCGUAGAAUUGAGGCAUCUAAGGAGAUUGCCGCAACUCUGGCUGGAUCACCCAACGUAACUUAUCUUCCUGGAGGAGCCAAAGGAGGUGAGGCAGCAGCAGGAUCCAGCAAUUCGCUUCUAUUGAGUGUUGGACGAUAA